GGCCAUGGCGGGGCGGGGGCGUCUGGCGCGUUUUUCCCGGCUCAGAGGAAAAACCGUGAAACCGGGAGAAUUCUGGGACGCCGUGGUAAUAACCGCCGCUGACGAGAAACAGGAAUCCGCUUACCAGCAACAGCUGGCCUCAAAGCUAAAAAGAAAGGAACUUCCCUUAGGUGUUCAUUAUCACGUUUUCGCCGAUCCCGCCGGAACCAAGAUCGGAAACGGAGGAGCAACACUCUGUGCCCUUCAGCGUUUGGAGGAACUGCAUAGGGAUAAAUGGAAUUGUUUCACCAUCCUGUUAAUUCACUCUGGUGGUUAUAGUCAACGCCUUCCAAAUGCAAGUGCCUUGGGAAAGAUUUUCACAGCUUUGCCUCUUGGCGACCCGAUAUUUCAGAUGUUGGAACUAAAAUUAGCCAUGUACAUUGACUUUCCGGCCCACAUGAAUCCCGGAAUUCUGGUUACCUGCGCAGAUGACAUUGAACUUUAUGACACUGGGAAAACAGAGUUCAUUAAGUUCGAUAAACCUGGCUUUACCGCGUUAGCCCAUCCUUCCGAUUUAGGAAUAGGUACAUCCCAUGGGGUGUUUGUGUUAGAGCACUCUGAUGUUUCAGAAUAUGCCGACCUCGAAUAUCAAAUCUGUAAUCUUUACCUCCAUAAGCCUACAGUCGAAGAGAUGCAUCGGUCUCGUGCUGUGUACGGCAAGAGAUACGUUCCCCAGGGAGAGGCUUCAGCGUACUCUCGCUUAUCCGAUGACUUAUUCAGUGAGUACGUGUUCACAGAUAGCCUGUAUUAUAUGGAUCAUGCUUCAGCCAAAAAGCUGUUGGCCUUUUAUCAAGGGCUGGGUACCCUUAACUGUGAAAUAGAUGCGUACGGUGACUUUCUACAGGCUCUAGGGCCCAAAGCGACCAUCGAUUACACCAGAGACGCGUCGAACGUCACAAAAGAAGACCCCGAGUUGGUAGGAAUGAGAGAGAAAAUAUUUCUCCUCCUCAAAGGAACGCCACUCAACGUCGUCGUCCUCCGUAACUCCAAAUUUUAUCACAUUGGAACCACUCUAGAGUAUUUACAUUAUUUGACUUGCAGCAGCCUGAAAUCCGAGCUUGGCUUACUGUCAGAAGCUUUCAGCAUCGUUCCGGCGAAAUCAGGAUGCGUCUCCCCGAAACCGUGUAUAAUUCAGAGCAUUCUUGAUUCAAGCAGUUCUGUGGCCCGGGGCUCAGUUGUGGAAUAUUCUAGGCUGGGGCCAAAUGUUUCCAUAGGAGAACAGAGCCUCAUCAGUGGGGUUUGCAUUUUAGAUAAAAUGGAACUGCCCUCAAAUGCUUUUGUGUGUUCGUUAAGCCUAAAACUCAGCGAGCGCGUAACGUUUGCCACGAUGGCGUGCGGGGUGAGAGACGACCCGAAAAAGAGUGUGAAAGGGCUCUCAGAUCUGCAGUCGCUUCAGUUUUUUGGAGUCGGUUUUCCAGACUGUUUAGCGCUCUGGAACCUGCAGAUUACGGAAGAACGGUUCUCUGGUGAUAAAACGAGUUUAUGGACUGCCCGGAUUUUCCCAGUGUGUUCUUCUCUGAGUGAUUCCGUAGCCAUGUCUCUAAGAAUGCUCAGAGCUGUGACGAGCAAGAAGUCUUUCCCACUGAGCGGCUACAAGCUUCUGUCGAUGGAAGAAAUGCUUAUCUACAAAGAUGUAGAAGACAUGUUGAAAUUCAGGGAGCAAAUUUAUGAAGAAAUCACUGGGCAGAGAGAGCAGUCUGGUUUGUGAAAGUUUCAUUAUUUGUAAUUUUCUUCCAUUCAGUGUAAGGAUGAUCGUCGAGAACCUCUAGGUCGCAUGUAUUUUUUGAUGGUGUCACCAAAGCGGAAAGAAUGAAAGUACAUUAGUGUCGUUACUGUAGCAUGACACUAAUAAUGUAAAAGUAGAGAUAAAUCCUUCACUCGAUGAGGGCCUCAAUUAAAUAUUUCAGUUCUAAAAGUUCAGAAAGCAA